UUUAAUGGAAUAAAAUAUGCUGUGCAGAAUUGAUGCAAUUAAAGGAUUGUUUGGACCUAGCAGUUUCUGGGACCUUAGAUCCCUUUCUGUGGGCUCCCAGUGGCCCAGAAUUUUUAGUGGCCAUGUUUAGCAUUUCAGGCCUAGCCUAAUUUGUUCCGAGUCCUUAGAGUUUAUUUGUGGGAGAACUGAUAGCAACACAGUAGAUUAGGGUCCAGGAGCAGCCAGCUGUCACGUCCUCCCAACAACAGAGGGCCCAGAAGCUUGCCUGGAAAACAACUCCACAGGAUGAAGAUCUCAGAAUAGGGAAAGUUGACAUUACAUAAAGUGGUUACUCUCUGAUCCAGAAAGAAACAGGACCUCAGAUUGAAGAACCCAGUUCUACGUACUUGGCACCGAACACCUUUGUAAGGAAGGAAACGGCCCAAAGAUGAGAGUGAUUCGUGUGGGUACCCGAAAGAGCCAGCUGGCUCGCAUACAGACAGACAGUGUGGUGGCAAUGCUGAAAGCCUUGUACCCAGGCCUACAGUUUGAAAUUGGACUCUUAACACAGUACGAGCUCAGUAGGAGCUCAGGAAAUGGGCAUCAGUGAGCACGUGAUUGGUUCUCUCCUCAGUUGCUAUGUCGACCACGGGGGACAAGAUUCUUGACACUGCACUCUCUAAGAUUGGAGAAAAGAGCCUGUUUACCAAGGAGCUGGAACACGCGCUGGAGAAGAACGAAGUCGACCUGGUUGUUCACUCUCUGAAGGACCUGCCCACAGUGCUUCCUCCUGGCUUCACCAUCGGAGCCAUCUGCAAGCGGGAGAACCCCUAUGAUGCUGUUGUCUUUCACCCAAAAUUUGUUGGGAAAACUCUAGAAACCUUGCCAGAGAAGAGCGUGGUGGGAACCAGCUCCCUGCGGAGAGCAGCUCAGCUGCAGAGAAAGUUCCCGCACCUAGAGUUCAGGAGCAUUCGGGGAAAUCUCAACACCCGGCUCCGGAAGCUGGAUGAGCUGCAGGAGUUCAGUGCCAUCAUCCUGGCUGCGGCUGGUCUGCAGCGCAUGGGUUGGCAGCACCGAGUGGGGCAGAUCCUGCACCCAGAGGAAUGCAUGUAUGCUGUGGGUCAGGGGGCCCUGGGCGUGGAAGUCCGAGCCAAGGACCAGGACAUGCUGGACCUGGUGGGCGUGUUGCAUGAUCCGGAGACUCUGCUUCGCUGCAUUGCUGAGCGAGCCUUCCUUAGGCACCUGGAGGGAGGCUGCAGUGUGCCAGUGGCAGUGCAUACAGCUAUGAAGGAUGGGCAACUGUACCUGACUGGAGGAGUCUGGAGUCUAGACGGCUCAGAUAGCAUGCAAGAGACCAUGCAGGCCACCAUCCACAUCACAGCCCAGCAUGAAGAUGGCCCCGAGGAUGAUCCGCAGCUGGUGGGGAUAACUGCCCGGAACAUUCCACGAGAAGCCCAGCUGGCUGCUGAGAACCUGGGCAUCAGCCUGGCCAGUUUGCUGCUGAACAAAGGAGCCAAGAACAUACUGGAUGUUGCACGGCAGCUUAAUGAUGCCCACUAACUGCUCUGUGGGGCACCGGUGUCUGGGUGGCUAUUGUCCAGUGCCUACCUCCCAGCCCUCAGUGCCCCAUCCUCACUGCUGACUGAGGUGAUCACCCCAGGGAGUUGAACUGCAAGGUCAGAGACUUGCCUCACCUUGAGGCUGUGAAGAGUGCCUUGCUGCCGCAGUAGGCGGAGGUUUCAUCUCUUUAGAGAAAGUUCAAGCCACGGCCUUUGAAUGUAACCAACUCAACUAAUAAACCAGCUCUGAAGGUGA